AGCGCCGCGGUGCAAAGGACAUUGCAUACAUGCAACUGAGUCAGUCAGCUUGUGCCCAAGUUGAACGAGAAUGUGUCCAUGGCAUUGCCAGCAAUGACGUUAUUUCCUGUGGGUGGCAGUGUGGGCAUGGUACUGCAGGUCCAGAGAACAGUGCGCGCGAGUCCUCCAUGGAAACAAGCGAGGAGAAAGGAGGAGCAGUUCGCCUGGAACAAGCCUCUGCGCUGACUCCCCAUUGUACCAACUUAACCGCAUGAAUAAUUCAUUAAACUUGCUAACGCACAUUAAGACAAAGACAUAUUUUAGUCAGAUAGCUAUCAUUGUUUUACUGCCUCGGCUCGUGUGGACGUUUAGCCAGCCUCAUAACGAGCCAUGGCGGAGCGAAGUGGCCGGCUGAGCCUCGGUGGAGGGGGACUCAACAGACCCGUGCCUAUGAACCUGUUCGCCACAUGGGAAAUAGAUGGAUCUUCCCCGAGUUGCAUCCCGAGGUUGUGCAGUCUGACUCUGAAGAGGUUGGUGGUCCUGAGGGAGCUGGACAAGGAACUCAUCUCUGUGGUCAUCGCUGUCAAGAUCCAGGGUUCCAAGAGGAUCCUGAGGUCCCAUGAGAUAGUGCUGCCCCCUAGUGGCUCAGUGGAGACUGACCUGGCUCUCACCUUCUCACUGCAGUACCCUCACUUCCUGAAGAGUGAGGGUAACAAGCUCCAGAUCCUGCUGCAGAGGAGGAAGAGAUACAAGAACAGGACUAUCCUGGGAUACAAGACCCUGGCUGUAGGAACCAUCGAUAUGGCUGAGGUGAUGCAGCACCCUACGGAGGGGGGCCAGGUUCUGUCUCUGUGCAGUAACCAGAAGGAGAUGCUGGGUAAAGUAGCAGAUAUCUGGAUCUUCUCACUGUCCAGUCAGCCCAUAGACUACGAGGAGGCCGCUCUGCAGGAGGGAACCAAGAUCAAAUGCUCAGAUAACUACUCGGAGGAGGAGUAUGAGAGUUUCUCUUCAGAGCAGGAGGCCAGCGACGACGCUGCUCAGGGUCAGGACCUGGAGGAUGAUGAGUAUGAGGUGAGGAAGCCUAAGAAGCAGAGAAGGUCCAUCGUAAGAACUGCUUCAAUCACCAGGCAGCAGAACUUUAAACAGAGAGUUGUGGCUCUGCUGAAGAGGUUUAGAGUCUCAGACGAGGUGUUGGACUCGGAGCAGGACCCGGCAGAACCCCCUCCAGAGGUAGAGGAGGAUCUGGACCUCGAGAGUCUGGAGUUUGAGAACCCCAGUGACAGUGGACCAGAACUAGACGAUGACGACAGUGUCCUCAGCACCCCAAAACCCAAGCUCAAGCCAUAUUUCGAGGGCCUUUCUCUCUCCAGUUCUCAGACAGAGAUCGGCAUCCACACCAGCCCGGUGGAACCAGACCAGACUGGGAGCAGCGAGGCCACGUUCCAGGUGGACAGUGUCUCAGAGAAGGGCUCAUAUCAGGAGGAGCAACCAGAGGCAGUGACCCCAACUACAGAGUUGGAGAUGGACAAUAUGGACACCUUCCUGGAGAAGCUGCCCCCUACUGGCAAGAUGAAGAAGACCGAGUCCCUCAUCAUCCCUUCCAACAGAUGGCAGGAACCUAAGUUGGCGGGGAGGAGAGGGAGGAGUACAUCCCUAAAGGAGCGCCAGCCCAACAGACCACAGAACGAGAGAGCCAACAGCCUGGAUAACGAACACUCCCUCGACACACACUGCCAUCUACAGAUCCCCAGGAAGACCGUGUAUGACCAGCUGAACCACAUCCUGGUGUCUGACCACCAGCUUCCUGACAGCAUCAUCCUCAUCAACACAUCUGAUUGGCAGGGCCAGUAUCUGUCAGGCGUUCUCCAGAAACAGCACCUCCCGGUGGUGUGUACCUGUACUACAGCAGACAUCCAGGCCGCCUUCAACACCAUCGUCUCACGCAUACAGAGAUUCUGUAACUGUAACAGCCAGACACCCAUCCCCAUAAAGAUAGCUGUGGCUGGAGCCCAGCACUACCUCGGUGCAGUCCUCAGGCUGUUUGUAGACCACCUCUCUUACAAGACUCCUGAUUGGCUGGGCUACAUGAGAUUCCUCAUCAUACCACUGGGAUCUCACCCAGUUUCCAAGUACCUGGGUAGCAUUGACUAUCGAUACAACAGUUUAUUCCAGGACACUGCGUGGAGGGACCUCUUUCACAAGCCCGACGCUCCAGUCAUAGUGCAGGAGAGUCCAGAUGUGGUUUCCAGGGUAACCCAGUAUAUGGUCGGGGCCAACGGAGUUCACCAGCUCCCCAUCGCUGAGGCCAUGCUCACAUACAAACAGAAGAGCCCAGACGAGGACUCUUGUCAGAAGUUCAUCCCCUUUAUCGGGAUGGUGAAAGUUGGACUGGUGGAACAGUCAUCGGCAACAUCAGGUGACUCGGACGAUGCAGCUCCCAUGGCGACGGCCCUCCUCUCCUUCACCCCUCCUCAGGUGUCCCCCGCCCUGAAGGAAGCCACGCCCACCCCUCCCUCCUCCCCCUCUGUCAACACAAGCUUCAGCUCAUACAGUUCUCCCCAGGGGGAGCUGAUGGGACUACAGGUGGACUACUGGGUGGCUCCCUCCCCGGCUGACAGGAAGAGAGACGUGGAGAAAAGGGACUCGUCCUCCUCUAAGAACACUCUGAAGUGUACGUUCCGCUCGCUGCAGGUCAGCAGGCUCCCCCAGGCCGGGGCCCAGCCACAGCCCGCCAUGUCCAUGACCGUGGUCAUGAAGGAGAAGAACAAGAAGGUAAUAUUCCUGCCAAAGAAGACUAAAGACAAGGAUGUGGAGUCUAAGAGCCAGGUGAUCGAUGGCAUCAGUCGACUGAUCUGCACGGCCAAGCACCAGCAGACCAUGCUGAGGGUGCUGAUUGACGGCGUGGCGUGGAACGACGUUAAGUUUUUCCAGUUGGCGGCACAAUGGUCGUCACACGUCAAACAUUUCCCCAUCGGGACCUUUGGACACAGUAAAGGGCCUUACUGACAAGCGGCGCGUUGCCAUAGUAGCGGGCCCCGUUACCAUAGAGACUCAUCUGGAACGGAGGACAGCGUCCCCUCCCUCAUGUGCCAAUAGCUUUUAUAAUAGCCAAACACCCCCCCCCCCCCGCACAUCUUAG